GCGAACAGACACAAACCUACAACUGAGAUAACAGCAGACUUUACAACAGUAGAAGAUACAACAGUAGAAGAUACAACAGUAGAAGUUACAACAGUAGAAGUUUCAACAGUAGGUGUUUUUUUGGGGACCACAACCGUAUAAAGAUGUAUAAGGGAAUCUAUGAAUACACAAAUGGAUUUGAAGAUGAAGAACCUAAUGAAAUAAAGACCAUUGACAUUGAUGAUCAUAUAUACAACGACAAAAGACCCAUCAUGCCCCGCAAGAAGGAUGGAGCUGGCGAACAACAUUCAGUGUAUCUUUGGAGGUGGAAGAGACAUUUCCCAACUGCUGCAGUGUGUCUGGGGCUGCUGUGUGUUCUCCUACUGGCUUGGAUCAUAGGCCUGUUACUCUACCAGAGAAACCAAUUGACCAGUUCCGACACCCUGACCAAAGAGAGAGACCAGCUACAGACCAGCAACAACACUCUGACCAAAGAGAGAGACCAGCUACAGACCAGUUCCAAUACCCUGACCAAAGAGAGAGACCAGCUACAGACCAGUUCCAACACCCUGACCAAAGAGAGAGACCAGCUACAGACCAGUUCCGACACCCUGACCAAAGAGAGAGACCAGCUACAGACCAGUUACAACACCCUGACCAAAGAGAGAGACCAGCUACAGACCAGUUCCCACACCCUGACCAAAGAGAGAGACCAGCUACAGACCAGUUCCCACACCCUGACCAAAGAGAGAGACCAGCUACAGACCAGUUCCAACACCCUGACCAAAGAGAGAGACCAGCUACAGACCAGUUCCCACACCCUGACCAAAGAGAGAGACCAGCUACAGACCAGUUCCCACACCCUGACCAAAGAGAGAGACCAGCUACAGACCAGCUACAACACCCUGGCCAAAGAGAGAGACCAGCUACAGACUAGCAACAACAUGCUGACCAAAGAGAGAGACCAGCUACAGACCAGCUACAACACCCUGACCAAAGAGAGAGACCAGCUACAGACCAGCCACAACACUCUGACCAAAGAGAGAGACCAGCUACAGACCAGCUACAACACCCUGACUGAAGAGAGAGACCAGCUACAGACAAGUUUCAACACUCUGACCAAAGAGAAAGACCAGCUACAGACCAGUUCCAACACCCUGACCAAAGAGAGAGACCAGCUACAGACCAGUUUCAACAACCUGACCAAAGAGAGAGACCAUCUACAGACCAGUUCCAACAACCUGACCAAAGAGAGAGACCAGCUACAGACCAGUUCCAACACCCUGACCAAAGAGAAAGACCAGAUACAGACCAGCUACAACACCCUGACCAAAGAGAAAGACCAGAUACAGACCAGCUACAACACCCUGACCAAAGAGAGAGACCAGCUACAGACCAGAUACAACACCCUGACCAAAGAGAGAGACCAGCUACAGACCAACUACAACACCCUGACCAAAGAGAGAGACCAGAUACAGACCAGCUACAACACCCUGACUGAAGAGAGAGACCAGCUACAGACAAGUUCCAACACCCUGACCAAAGAGAGAGACCAGCUACAGACCAACUACAACACCCUGACCAAAGAGAGAGACCAGCUACAGACCAGUAACAACACCCUUACUGCAGAAAGAGACCAGCUGCAGACCAAUUAUAACACCCUGACCAAACAGAGAGACCAGCUAGAGACCAGCUGCAACACCAUGACCAAUGAGAGAGACCAGAUACAGACCAGUAACAACACUGAAGAAAGAGACCAGCUACAAAAAGAGACAGAAUGUCUGAGACAAUCUUUAGUUCAGAAAGUGUGUCCGGAAGGAUGGAAGAAGCUUGGUAGCAGUUGUUACUACGUCUCUACUAAGACAAAAUCCUGGGAGGAGAGCAGACAGGACUGCAGAGAUAGAGGAGCAAACCUGGUGGUCAUCAAGAGCGAAGACGAUCAGACAUUUGUCAAUUGGUUAUGCGGGGUAAAGAACUACGUCUGGAUUGGUCUGACUGACUCUGUUUCUGAGGGGACCUGGAAAUGGGUGGACGACACACCACUGACCACAAAGUAAGACAUGAAUUCUGUGUCACUAUGACAUCACUGUCUGGAGGAGUAGGUUCAGAGUGGACAGCCUUCAUUCUCCUACAGGUAUUGGAACAGUGGACAGUCUGAUUCUGUGUUGUUUCUUCUACAGGUAUUGGAACAGUGGACAGCCUGAUUCUGUGUUGUUUAUUCUACAGGUAUUGGAACAGUGGACAGCCUGAUUCUGUGUUGUUUCUUCUACAGGUAUUGGAACAGUGGACAGCCUGAUUCUGUGUUGUUUCUUCUACAGGUAUUGGAACAGUGGACAGCCUGAUUCUGUGUUGUUUCUUCUACAGGUAUUGGAACAGUGGACAGCCUGAUUCUGUGU